AUGGGCCUUCAUGAUGAACGAAACCCUACAGACGGCCUUACAUUUACCGGCGGUCAGCUCACAAUUGCUCAACAUCUCAAAACUAGACCCUGUGGUCACUCGGCAGACGAGGCUGUUGCACUGGGCUGCGAGUUCGAUCAAGUAACAACCUCGUGGCUCCCUCCUAGGUGUAUUGAUUAUGAGCUGCAGGAAGAUUUCUUGCGCCUCAAGGAAGGGGGCUGGCAGUUCUGGGGUGAUGACCAACGGAAGCAACAGUUUGAGCUGGAAAAGAUUGGCUUUAUCACUGACGAGAUAUGGGCCACCAACGAGUGGCACAUGUGGCAUUGUUUAUAUGUGUGGCGGAAGCUCGCGCGAGCUGUUCACUUUGGAUCCCCGAUAGACGGUUCGACUUUGAGUCUCACUCACACUGAUCAUUGCGCCAAAAUGACGGGAAGUGAAUACGCCACGACUCAGCCAGAGGUCCGGACCUUGGUUAGUAUCAAUUUCCCGCCUUGUUAG